AAAUCAAAGAGUUAAAGCUCCAGCUGCUCUUCUGGUGGCGUCAUUACGGUAAGCCUGGCAGCACUUGUCCUGCGGUCACAUCUUGUUGCCACAACCAGAGGUACGAAGAGACAUCGGAUUUAUGCUCCAUUCAUCCGCUUUUCCUCCGCUUUAUUUGCCUAAAACCUCCACCCCAGACGCGGAUGAGCUAUUGCUGCGAUUCGUCUCCGUUUGACGGUGUUCAUUUUGUGAAUUAUUUAGCUGCUUUUCGCUCUCCUUGCGGACGGUCACAGCUAAGACCUUAAAGCUUUGAGUCUUAAUUCAGAGGCGCUUAUAUAAGAAGGUAAACAUUUUAUUGUUUUUAUUCUGCAUUGGAGAGACUUUCGCCGUCCGUGUUCAUGCCAGAUCUGCAGCGAUUUAGUUUUCCAUACCAUAGCAUGAAUCCAUUGUUGGGGGCCACCACACAUCUCCAACAACAACCGCAGCCGAGCCAAGCAGCAGGACAACCUCUCGAAUCCCCAUCGGGCCUCCUCCCGGACGCCGUUUUCGGUGCUUCGGAUCCGGCGUCUUUUCUCCUGGGCGAUCUCCCCGGACCAGGAGGGCCUGAUCAUCCGGGUCCCGAGUUCCCCUCACAGAGCUCCCCUUACCUCCACCACUACCCCCCUCACCACCACCUCCACCACCACCAGACUGUGCACCAUCCUCCAGCAGCAAUGGCUCUCAGAAACGACCUGGGCUCCAACAUCAGCGUCCUCAAGACCUUGAACCUGAGAUUUAGAUGCUUCCUGGCUAAAGUGCACGAGCUGGAACGCCGGAAUAAGGUUCUGGAGAAGCAGCUUCAGCAGGCCUUGGAUGUCAACAAGGGAUGCGGCGAGGCCAGGCCACACACCCAAGAGGCUGGAGUGCAAACGGGUUUUGUCGGAGCCAUCCCGCUCAGACCUGGAUCGCUACCUUUCCACAACACCAACAACUCAGCCAGGAGGCCAACCACUUUAUUCCCACCCUCCCUCCAAGCACCGCCGCCUGACAAUUCCACCCAAACCCACACCACUUGUAACCCAGCUAUCACCAUCAGCCAGGCGUCACCUUCCGUGGACUCCCCAGGAUCCAGAACAACAGGACCAGUCCGCAACAUCACAUCUGCUCCACGCUUCCUCCCGGGAACCAUCUGGUCCUACAACCCUACUCGCAGAUAUGGAACGGAGCGUCUCACCAGUCCGGGGGUGUCCUGGGUGCACCCGGAUGGAGUCGGGGUCCAGAUUGACACCAUUACUCCUGAAAUCCGAGCGCUCUACAACGUCCUGGCUAAAGUCAAGCGGGAGCGGGAUGAGUAUAAACGCAGAUGGGAAGAAGAAUACACAAUGAGAAUGGACCUGCAGCGGAAGAUUGCAGACUUGCAGGAGGACCUGCAGGAGAGCGAAGGCUGCCAAGACGAGCUGGCCCUCAGAGUUCAGCAGCUGAAGGCCGAGCUGGUUCUCUUCAAGGGCCUCAUGAGCAACGACCUGUCGGAUCUGGACACCAAGAUCCAGGAGAAGGCCAUGAAAGUGGACAUGGACAUCUGCCGAAGGAUCGAUAUCACAGCUCGCCUUUGUGACGUGGCACAGCAGAGGAACUGUGAAGAUGUCAUCCAGAUGUACCAGGUUCCAAACAACCAGUCGUCUUUAAGUCUGCGUCGCAAACAAACGCCUCAGUCCGUAAAUGGCAGCGAGGGAGACGAAACGGUCAGCACCUCGGAGAGCGACACAGGCAUAGCUAAGGAAGAGGAACACCAGCAGCAGCAUGGUGGAUCAUCGGCCAAUCAGAUCAACGAAGAGAUGCAGAGGAUGCUCAACCAGCUGCGCGAGUGUGAGUUUGAGGACGACUGCGACAGUCUGGCCUGGGAGGAGACGGAGGAGACGCUGCUUUUGUGGGAGGAUUUCCCAGGAUGCACCUUGCCUCCAGACCCCGCCCACUUACCUGGAGAGGAGGAUUGUCUGGAAAAAGUGAUAAAUGACACAGAGUGUUUGUUCAAGUCCCGAGAGAAGGAAUACCAGGAGACGAUUGACCAGAUUGAGCUGGAGUUGGCCACAGCCAAGAGCGACAUGAACCGCCACUUACACGAGUACAUGGAGAUGUGCUCCAUGAAGAGAGGCCUGGACGUCCAGAUGGAGACCUGCAGGAGACUCAUCACGCAAAGCGGAGACAGUAACGCGCCGGCCGCUCAGACGUCCUCUGAUGAUAGCGAUCAGAGAGAAAGCGACAGGAGCUCGGCCUCGCCUCCUUCCUCCUCCAACGCCGGGAGGUCCUGACAUCUUGCUGCCGAGGUCAUGUGAUCUCCUCAACAGUGCUGCACUAUCACGUCACACAUAAUCAGUCACAUCGUAUGUAGUCCGUAUGUGUGUUCUCAUCUUCGUCAAAGCACUUGGACAUUUUAGUAGGAUUUAGUACAAAAAGUCAAGCAUCAAAAAUAUGUUAUUGUUGUUUUUGGAAGGAAUUAUGGACAAAAUGUAGGCUUUGGGGGUGGUGCUAGUUUAUCUGAAAAUAAAAUGUUUUUUAGUGGAAAAUAAUAUGUUAUGCAGUGUAAAUGUAGGCCAUUUUUUGGAACAAAAUAUUGCCGUUUUUCUUUUCCAAAUAAGCAAAAAAGAACAAAUAAAUGCAGCCAGGUGAAAAUAUAGCUUUUUUUGUGGCCAAAGUUAUCAUUUUUAACUAAAAUGUUUGUAGCGUUUCACAUCAAAAUCAAUAUACAGUAUAAUUUUGGGUGGCAAAAUGUAAUUUUUGCAGAGCGUUUAUUGGUAUACAACAAAUUAUACGUAUAUGCUUUUAUGCACUUUGGGGGAUAAUAUGACCUUUAACUACAGGGAAAAUGUUUUUGUGGUGCAAAGAAAGCAAGGUGAGGCUGCACGGUGGAUGAGUGGUUAGGGCACAGGCCUCACAGCUAGGACACCCGAGUUCAAUUCCACCCUGGAGUUUACAUGGGUUUUCUCCGGGUACUCCGGUUUCCUCCCACAUUCCAAAAACAUGCUAGGUUAAUUGUUGACUCCAAAUUGUCCAUAGGUAUGAAUGUGAGUGUGAAUGGUUGUUUGUCUAUAUGUGCCCUGUGAUUGGAUGGCGACCAGUCCAGGGUGUACCCCGCCUCUCACCCGAAGACAGCUGGGAUAGGCUCCAGCAACCCCCGCGACCCUCGUGAGGAAAAAGCGGUAGAAAAUGAAUGAAUGAAUGAAAGAAAGCAAGGCAAGGCUGCACGGUGGUUGAGUGGUUAGCGCGCAGGCCUCACAACUAGGACACCUGACUUCAAUUCCACCCUCGGCUAUCUCUGUGUGGAGUUUGCGUGGGUUUUCUCCAAGUACUCCGGUUUCCUCCCACAUUCCAAAAACAUGCUAGGUUAAUUAGCGACUCCAAAUUGUCCAUAGGUAUGAAUGUGAGUGUGAAUGGUUGUUUGUCUAUAUGUGCCCUGUGAUUGGCUGGCGACCAGUCCAGGGUGUACCCCGCCGAAGACAGCUGGGAUAGGCUCCAGCACCUAGAGUGUGUUUCGGGUCAAAUAUUUGUGCAGAAAAAAUAUUUUUUCUGUUUUAAAUAUUUUUUUUUAGGUUAAAAUAUAAUAUUUUAGUGGGAAUUUAGAGUAUUUUGUGUUUUUUUUAGGAAGCAAAAUGGGGUUCUUGUAUUCAAUUGGGCUAAAAUAUGUCUUUUUGUGGUGCCAGUUUCUAGCUUUUGGGGUUUUUUUGUUGUUUACAUUCACCAUGGAGCCAUGAAAACAUUUUUACAUUUUGAGUCCAAUUCUGAACUUCAUAUAGUGCUUAACUUUUUGUCCAAUUUCCUACUGAAUUGUCCUGCAUUACAAAGUAGCUGAAAAUAUUACAUAAUGCUUCUUGUGAUGUCAUCCUCAUGCAGCGAUGCUUUAGGCAGAAUGUAGCGUAAAACCAAGGCAAACAUCCCUACGUUCAUCACACUAUGUAAAGUUGUUGGUAGCAAUCAGGCUUCUACUGGCGCUUGUGUCUACGGACGUACAUUUGUAAUAUGAUGUCACCAAUCAGCGUUUUACUGCCUCACAACUGCGGAGUGCAUUUUCUUUGGACAUUAUUAUUAUUAUUAGAGACGCAAUUGUACACAAAAUAUGCUUUAAAGAAUGUUGACGAAGAUAUAGUCGCUGGUGUUUGUUCAAUGUUUAGAAUUUGGAUGAGUGGAUAGAAAUUGGAUUAGUGUGCGUACUUUUUACAUAUGAGAGGCAAAUUUGUUCAAAGAAGUGAACCCGCCCGAGUGCCAAAACGUAAGAAAGGAAAUACAAAAAGAUGCUGCUGAAGCUUAUUUUCACCGACGUGCUUACACAACUGAACUUAUUUCCAAGCCUGUUAAAGGUUUGCACAUUGAAAGUAAAAAAAAAAACAAAACAAAAAAUGAAACAAUCAACAUGUAAUUGAGACACACUGUAAAUAGCAAACGACAGUAUUCAGUAUUUCUUGUGUUUAUCAGUCAAUUGGACAAAUUUUAUCAGUGAGCUUGUUAUCCAUUAAAAAAAAGAAGACAUUUGAGGUUUCUUUAACAUGAAUGCAUGGCAUAAAAUUGACAAUAUAUGAAAAAACGUUGGAGAAAUUUUUUUUUUUUUUUUGAGGGAUUGUCUUUGUAUGCAUGUGCCAGUGUGCCGGUGUAUGGGCUUUAUCGCUGAAUCGCAAAUGAUCUAGUAACAAAGAAAGACACUCAAGCAAAUGUACGCAACAAGAAAAAAAAAACUACAACGAAAGUAUCCCAGACUUCAUAUUCAUAUUUAAAGAUAUAAUAAUUAUUUACAGUUGAAAUAAACAA